CUCAUGAACAAGUAGCAGGCAAGUUGAGAAGUCUCCACCCUUACCUGUGUAUUUCAACGCCUUAACUUAAAGUAAGUUUGUUUUACCCCUAACAUUGAUAACGUAUGUAUUGGCAUUUAUCAAUCAAUUUAGCUAACUAACUACUGUUAACUACAUUUCUAACAAGAAUAGGACACGUUUCGCUUUCAAAUUGGUAGCUGACGUUGAUAAGAGUAACGUUAACUAGCAAGCGCUUUAUCUAGUGUUAGAUAACAUUCACUAAUGUUAAAACGAAUAGCUACAUUCACUAUUGAACUGUUGGCUCCUGUGUGGACUCAACUUUGGAAGUAUAAUAAACUACUUUAUUUUUCUCUUUCAGUACAACUAUAGGCGUUGUAAGAGUGAUUGCCCAACUGAGACUGACACCAUGUCUGAUUUGGUGGAUGCCAAAUGGAUAGCUGCACAAGGGUAAGGCAUUGCAUUUCUCCUGUCAACCCUAUCAGCUUCACAAGGAAUAGAGAAUAGCAGGCGACAAAAUAAAAUUCAGGCCUGUUGAAUGUAGGCUUACUCUAUCAUUGUUCAUUUAUAACCCCAAUUGGACGGCAUGAGCUGGGCCAUUUAUAACCCCAUUGGGACGGCAUGAGCUGGGCCAUUUAUAACCCCAUUGGGACGGCAUGAGCUGGGCCAUUUAUAACCCCAAUGGGACGGCAUGAGCUGGGCCAUUUAUAACCCCAAUGGGACGGCAUGAGCUGGGCCAUUUAUAACCCCAAUGGGACGGCAUGAGCUGGGCCAUUUAUAACCCCAUUGGGACAGCAUGAACUGGGCCAUUUAUAACCCCAUUGGGACAGCAUGAACUGGGCAAUUUAUAACCCCAUUGGGAGGGGAUGAGCUGGGCCAGUGAGCCUCUUUUUACGUAGUUCUAUCAGCUCUCAUAUUCCGCGAAAGUAUAUUUUAAUGCGUUCACUUACCCAUUAAUAGUGUGGGACAAAUGAUUCUCUCAGCUGCAUGAACAUGCAAUGGGACGUCUGAUCAUAAGCCAAAAACACGUUGGCCGUGUUCCUCUGCUCAGACGUUGCUGACGCAUACCAGAUCUUACAACGCUAGGAUAGGUAUUUUACCUAUCAGCUAACCACAUCAUAUGCUAUAGCAAUCUGGUGCCCGACGGCACAGUCGGUGACAUGACAUGGCAUGCAACCAUUGGUUGAUGCAUGCAUCGUCUGAGCAGGGGAACACAAGCGUCAUUGUGCGUUUAAGCAUGUCAUCUGUACAGUCUAGUGGGAAUGGUUUCGACUUGAGGUUCACUACAUUCUCCUUCUUGUCUAAAUGAUUCUAUGCCAUUUGGCUUGAAAACGUACCUCAAUCCAGGUAUGGAAGGUGUUGCUGUACUCCUCGAUUACGCGGCUGGCAUAACGGGAUAAUUAGAAGAUUGAAAUACUGCAUUUUUCAUUAAACUGCCCUUUUUGUCAGCAUGCUAGAUUAUCUCAUUCUAAAGCAGCCCAUUGGAUUGCACAAUACAGUUACUCACCCCAAUGCUAGGCGUUGCCUUUUCAUUGAAUCCAAUGUGCUGCUUUAUUCAACAACAAAAAACUGGCAGUAUUUCAGUCUUUGACUGGGAUAAUGGAAUAAUUAGGAGUACAGCGACACUGUCCAUCCCUGGAUUAAGGUACGUUUUCAAGCCAUAUACCUCAUUCAUCACUGCGGUGCGAACAUAUUGGCAUAGCAUCGUUUCAACUAGGCUACCUGUGGAACCAGUUUAACGUUGAAAAUUGCACGUUGAAAUGUUACUAAAUGUUGAAAGGAACUUCUUUCUUUGUUCCAGGCCAGGGAGUCCCUCUGUGCCAAGGUUUACUACAGAGAAUCAUCAAGGAGAAGCUAGGCUUCCAGCUGACAUCUACACAUAUAACAUGAACUACCCCAGCCUUGGACAAUGUGUCAUCAUCAACAACAAGAACUUUGACAGGGGAACGGGUAGGCCUAAGUGUGAAUGAUGUAUUUUAGGAGUUUUUUUCUUUUCAGGUUAUGACGGUAUGUCAGAUUUUGUUAUCUGACACUUCGUUGGUCAUUUCCCUUUAAAGGAAUGAGUUUUCGCAAGGGAACAGACAUGGACGCAAGAUAUGCAAUGAUGGUGUUCUCACGUUUGGGAUACAAAGUGAAAGUUGCCAAUGACCAGACGGUGCAGCAGAUCCAACGGCUGCUUUACAGUGGUAAGUUCACCAGUCUGGAUGUGAGUGUCUGAGUUAGAUUUUCUUCCUUUCUCUAAGAUUUUUUGAGAAUAAGUUCUUCUGAUCAUCUACAAAUACAUUGCAAUAAUCAUGGUAGUAAUGAUGUGACAUCUGGCUAACAUUGAUAAACUGAAGGAAAUCUCUCUUAAUAAAAUGUUUUGAUAGACUUCAAGAGCAAGUUUAAACUACAUGUGUGUGUAUGACAUUUUCAGUGUCUCAAGACGACCACAGCCAGUCUGCCUCCUUUGUGUGUGUGAUGCUGAGCCACGGAGACGAGGGGGUGUUCUAUGGCACAGACGGAAAUGUGGAGCUGAAGAAGCUCACCGGACUCUUCAGGGGCGACCAUUGCAAAACGCUGGUGGGCAAGCCCAAACUCUUCUUCAUCCAGGUACUGUAAGGUUUUAGCUGCCUGCUCUAAAUGUCCCUUACACAGCUCAAUGAUACUCUAGGUAUGUUUGUUGAACCAACUAUAAAGACUGAGGAUACAGCAUAACUUCUUGACUUAUGUUGUGUACUAAAGUGAACAUGUAUUCUGCAUGACUGAUAUUCAGUGGUAGUCUUAAGAGAGUAGCCUCUCUUCCCCUGACCCUUGACCCCUAAUCCUUCCUGUGGACCUGGUGAGUAGGCGUGCCGUGGCUCUGACCUGGACUGUGGUAUAGAGACGGACAGCGUUGCUGGUGAGUCUCCAGAGAGGAUUCCAGUGGAGGCAGACUUUCUCUAUGCUUACUCUACAGCUCCAGGUAAUAAACCCUGUUUAUUAAUAAACUUAGUUUUUUUACCGCCCAUCUUACAUAACAUAUUUAAAGCUAGAAUCCUUAGUUGUUAAAUUUUUAAAAAACGUAUACAUUAGUUAUAUAUACCCGUUGAUUCUUGACGAAUAUAACUUAUAAAUACCUCAUGAGCUUAUUUUAACUGUCGUACCCCAUCAGUACCCAAUAUAUAAGCUUGUUAUACUCCAAUGUUUGUAAACAAACUAAAUGUAAACCAACACUGUAUAGCCUCAACACGGUUAAAACUAUCAUUUUGAUAUCAUGGAUGGUCAAUCCUUGCAUACAUAGUUCUCACUUUGAAUUUGAGUGGUUAGAUUUCUCCAGGCCCAUCCCUCAGCUUUUCACCAAAACUCAGGCAGUCUCCCCUUUUUGUUUCAAUUAAAGAUUCCAUCUUUAAGUGCUUUACGUAAUUUAUUCAUGCAUACUACAUACGUUACCUUUACAUGGUACAGUGUCGGCACCCAUUGUUACGUAGUACUUACAACUGAUAUGUCUGAACUUUUACACAAACGGCAAACGGGUAUCAGCGGGCAUCAUAGUAGACUACAGGCCUGCUACAAUAACAAAGUAGGAUUGUAUGGUAAUUGCACUGCACCUAUGUACAAAAACGAUCAUGUACCACUUUAGAGGUUUUAGCAAUGUUCAUCAUUGCUAUAGUGUUUGACUCUGAUUGGUUGUGAACUCCAUAGGCUACUACUCCUGGAGGAACACCGACACGGGCUCCUGGUUCAUUCAGGCCCUCUGUGAGAUGUUACAUCAGUACGGCAAACAGCUGGACAUUAUGCAGAUCAUGACACGUGUCAACCACAAGGUGGCACAUGACUUCGAGGCUUCCUCCAACAUGCCUGGUUUCAAUGCCAAAAAGCAGAUCCCUUGCAUUGUGUCUAUGUUGACCAAAGAUCUCUACUUUCCACAUUGAUUGUAUAUCCUGUGGGACCAUUUCAAAUAUUUGCACAAUGUCUACUGGGGUUCUAAAGACCAUUAAAUAAUACAGAGGGAUGUUGUGAACCAAAUACCACCGUGGAUAAUCACUCAUUCAAAUACUUGUAUUCUGGUUGUGGAAAAUCUAAAAGCGAAAAGGUAUGAUGAGAUGUUUUACCCUGGAGGUCUAAAGGGCAUUAUGUUGGACCACAGAGAAUGCAUUUUUAAUGGGGAAAGGCUGGCAUUAAGUAAUGACUAUGCAAUAGGAGUACUUGCUAUUGAUUUGUUGUUCAUGUAUUUGGGAUGGAACUAGGAAUUAAAAUGUUCUGAAUUAUAGGGUAUAAAGGUAAACACAUUUUCAGAUAACAUGGAAUGAAACAGUCACUCAGGCUUUAAAAGUAUUGAAAAGAUGUGCAAUGUCUCAAUUUAUAUAAAUAAUCUCUCCUGUGAGAUGUUUUUUUUCCCAUUUGCACAUUUUACAUUAAAAUGGGUUACUACAUGAAAUAGAAAUAUGAAUAAAGUAGCUUUUAUCCUUGGUAAAUUGUUAUCCAAAUGUUUUUUCCAAGAAACAAAACAUGUAUGUAAAUGGGAUUUAAGAAAUAAAGAAUAAUAGAAAAAUAAAAUGUGUUUCCUGGUGCAAG